GUGUUUGCGUGACUCAAGAACAAAGUGAAAAACACGUGUUUUUGUACACUUUUUAUUUACAUACAAUAAACUUUUUUUUUACUAUUUUAUUUAAAGGACUUGAUACUUUUAAGUCUGAGUUUGACGUGUGCAAUUUGAUGAUUUAAUCUUGUUUAAAAAAAACAGUUCCUAACGGUGCUUCGUAUGUUGUUUCAAAAACCUGCUGAUGGUGACAAAGUUGAACUGAUUGUUCGAUGUGAUUUGUUUAGAGACAAUUGUGUUUUAAUUGUGGUUAUAUAAAAGACAUAUUUAGUGAUGACUGAGAAGAAGUUGCCGUUUCUCAUGUAACUUGGCACUGAUGGAAGUUAUUGCGGAAGGAAAUUUUGAACUGCAAUGCGGUUUCCGCCAAAAACAUCUUUACCGGAACUAACAACAACAAAAGAUGGCACGAUGGAUAAACUAUAUAUUGGCAGGCGCAUUUCUGUCGAUACUUCUAACCAUUCACCCGACCGAGGGAUUCCGAGCGAAUCCUGAAUUAGUGUUGCGUCAUCGCAGAGAGACUGACCCCGCCGCUCCAUUAGAAACGAAACCUCUAGAAAUCGAUCUUUCAACAAAAGAAUCCAAUAACACUGAUACUAGUUCCAGUGACAGCAAACUUUCAAAACCUAUCACUCGCAACCGUGGCAAAAUCAAGUACCACUCCUCGCAAUUUACGCCAAAAACUAGUGAAAUAUCAGCAAAUGCCAAAGAGGAAGAUAAUAAAAAAAUCCGACAUCAUAGAAUAAUAAAAUCAAGGCAGUAUAGAAAUGUUUCUGAAACUACAAUAGCUGAUGUGAGUACUGAAUCUAUUAAGGAUGUGAAGCCGCAGUCUGAUGAAACAACCCCGACUAUAGAAGCAAAGGCUGAGAAUAAGAAUAAUGUGUCUGCUAAUGUUGAAGCUUCUACAGAAACAGUUACAGAGUCUACUACGAUAAAAACAUUAAGAUUUAGAACUGCCGUUUCUGCAAGCUUAGAACCUCAAGAAAAAGAUGAUACACAAUCUCAAACAGAAACUUAUGUGGGAAAAGAAACAUUGGUUCAUUUAGAAGCAAAAAAUCUAUCUGAAACUGUUAAAGCAGUGCCUGCGAAUGAAGAGCUUACCACUACAUCCUCACCUGAAUUAUCAACUAUAUCCGCUGAACCAACUUCAACCGAAAUACCUAGCUUUGAUAUUAGUAAAUAUAUCUCUGAAGAUUUCCAUAAUCAAAAGUACCGCUUACCUUCAGAUGAAGAAUCUACUUUCAUGUCUUUGCAAGUACAUGAUCCUGUUGAAGCUGUUAAAGGAAUUCGACCAGUCGAUCUACAUAGGUUUGAAGAUGAACUAACUACUCCAAAAACUAUUAUUUUUGAUGAGCAUCAUGCUGCACUAAAAGAUGACAUUAAAAGUAAUUUAGCUGCAAAUGGCGGUGAAAAUAGUGAAGCCAAUAUAGAUUUAGAUGCACUAGCCGAAAAGGCAAAGACUGAUAAUAAUACUAGAGUUGACAAAUUGAGUGUUAAAGAAAUAUAUAGCAAAGACAUUGUGGGAGAUGAUGGUCAUAAGCACAAAGAAUUUAUAUCCACUAAUGGUACAAAAGUUGAAUAUGAAACAUCAAAUUUUGAAACGAAUAUAAAAGAAUUAGAGAAACAGGACGAAUCAACAGAAAUGAGUUCUAAUGAAAAUCAUAAACAUGAAGUUGUAACAGAAGCGUCUUCAGCUGUAACCAGUAAAGUAAUACACCAUCACGCCUCAGGGUUCGUAAAUAAUUUAGAUGUUAAAGUUCGCGAAGUUUUUCCCGAUUUAUCAACAUCUACGCCGAGAAUCAUUAUGCAUACACCUGCAAAUAUUGUAACCAUCCCCGUCGUGGAUGCAAUAUCAAAUACUACUCAUCCACGAUUAAGAAUAUCAGUAAAAGCAAACAAAUCAAAUCCACAAAAUGAUUCUGAAACUAAUGAAAACAUAUUAGGCAAAGUUUCAAAUCGUGGCCAAAAAUCAUAUUUAGUCAGCACUCCAAGUUCAGUACAAGACUCUAAAUCAUCCAACGAAAUUCAACAAGCACAGGAAACAGUGCAUGGUACUACAAAAGCAUUUCGACAAUUAAAUUCUUUUUCACAAGAGAACAUGGAAAAGUACAAUAUGAAUUUACCCGAUAAUGCAGAUGCAUGGUCCUUGAUAGGAAUGAAACAUGUGCCAACACAAAAACAAAAUAUUUCGGCUAUUACAGAAACACCAAUCAAUGUCAAAGAAUUGGUUGAUUGGAGUGAAAUAAUGAAAAACGAACGAAAUUCUUCUGAAAAUACGCCAAAUUCUAGCACAAUUAAAAAUAUUAUUGGUCGAGUUACUGAAAGCCAAGGAGAAGAAAAUAAACUUAUACCUGUACAGGUACCAGCACCGACAAAAUCAUCAGCUCUGGUUGUAGAAAACAACAUACCCAGCAAUGAUUUAACCACAAUGAAACCGGAGGAGUUUAUAGAGAAAAAUGAUGAUCAUAAAAAAUCUAAACAAGAUACUAAAGACGAUGGUGAUAAUUUGCAAUUCAAUAGAGUAGAUGAUUUUGAAAUAAAUUCUCCCUCAUCUAAUAUUGAAAAAAUAAAUAUUACACUUAAAAAUGCUGUUAUAGUGAAUGCAACAUUUCCACCAGUUAUAAUAACAUUUAACAUGACGACUAUGCCGCCAAAAUUAUCAGAAGUAACGGAAGCAUCUAUAACUGAAAAGCAGCAAGUAUAUACGACGACAAUAGGACAUCAAAAAGUCGUAUCUAAGAAUCAUAAAAAGCAAAUGACAAUAGGAGAGCAAAAAGUACAAAUGACGAUGGAGCAACUUAAUCAUACAACUCAGCCCAUUCAGCAAACAACAUCAAAUAUUUUAGAAAUGACUAAAACUAGUACCUCACCAAACAUAGUUAUUAUGUCUCCUGAUCAAAUAAACGCUGAAGAUAAACGUCCUUCAACUGUUCUAGAAGUAGAUUCGUCAACUGCAAGUGAAUAUGAUAUGUCGGCUUUCACAAACGAAAUUAUUCCAACAACUACAGAUGUGCCUACAGAAAUAACUGAAGAAAAUCUGACAACUAUGAUAUCGAAUUCACCAACAUCGUCUGAAAUUAUGUUCAAUGAUUCUCCUAGCUUACCAACAGAAGUACCCAAAUACGAAACAACGACGGUAGAAGAAGCCAGUACAUCCAUGUUACCAGAACAAACUACUGAAACAGAAGAAUCUUCGUUUACCACCAUUAACACACAGGAUGUAAUAGUUACUGAAACUGAAACUACAAUUACAGAAACACCUCUAGACUUUAUUACUGACACAAAUGAAAUAGCAACGGAUGUACCGGCAUCAAAUAAAUCUUCUUCUACGCUUCUGAAUUUCCCGGAAACAACAUUAUCAAGCAGUUCAGGAAUCGAAGAAACAACUUACGGUAAUAUGAUUGUGAAAAUCAUGAACGUGACAGAAAAAAUGAAUGAAGAAAGCGAUUUUCCUCCUUUGCCACGUCUGACCACAUUUAAACCGAAGGUGACUCCAACUCCAGACACGUUAAGCUCCGAUGAUUUUAUUGAUGAAUAUUCAGAUAUCACAGAAGGAAUCGAUAUAAAUAUUAAUGGUAACAACAAUAAUAAUAUUGCUGGUCACGAUGAAGAGAUUUUUAAAAACAAAAGUAGCGAUAUUCCGAUUUUGCCAACGGAGCAUGAGAAAGAAAUUCAUACAACAAGCCCAAGAGAAACAA